AUGCAACCAGUUGGUCGUGGACGUCCAAGUGCCCCAACGGCUAUUGUUGGAGUUGAUGAAAUUAUUCCUGAACAAGUUGUGUUAAAUGAAAAUUGUCGUUUAACGGAGCUUAGCCACAACAUAAGAGAACCACUAGACGCUUUAAAGUGGCUGGCAAAGCGUAGAAUAAUAAAAAAUAAUGUGGAGUGCAACAAUUGUCAACAGCCGUUUAGUUUAAACGCAUAUAAAGAUGCCGCGGAUGCUUUCCGUUGGUACUGCAAGGGGUGUAAACAGAGGCAAAGUGUUAGAGAAGGAUCUUUUUUUAGCAAAAGUAGGCUACCACUACAAAAGUUAAUUUACUAUAUUUAUGUCUGGAGUCGAAAUAUGCCUCAAAAAGAAAUACAACACGAAGCCGUUGAACUAGAAACAAAUCCUUCAGUUAUUGGUGGUAUCAACGCUGACGGGACACCGAUUGUAAUUGAAAUUGACGAAUCAAAGUUUUUUCAUCGCAAAUACCAUCGCGGGCAAUGGCGACCAGGUCGUUGGGUGUUUGGUGGUAUUGAAAGGGUUUCGCGGAAGUGUUUUUUAGUCGAAGUGCCAGAUAGAACUGCUGAGAGUCUCCAAAACGCAAUAUUGGAAUUUAUUUUGCCGGGAAGUUAUAUCGUUUCAGACGGAUGGGCAUCUUAUGCUGGGAUUGAAAGGCUGAAUGAUGGAAUUUAUUUCCAUGCUGUUGUUAUCCAUGAACGUCACUUUGUUGAUCCGUUAGAUAACGAAAUCCACACUCAAAACAUCGAGAAUUUAUGGAUGCGCGCUAAGUGUAAACUGCGGCAACAGUUUGGAACUUAUAAAGAUUUAUUUACAUCACAUCUUCAUGAAUUUAUUUGGCGACAAAGAUUUAAAGAAUUUCCAAUAUUCUCAGCAUUUCUUACUUGCGUUUCCCGUCAGUAUCCUCUAUAA